GAUAAGACCAGAUGUUGGCUGAGCUGUAUUUUUACUGUAGACAUAUAAAAGCAAACAGCAAGGACUUUGUUGUAUUACUGUGCUGAGGAUUUUGUCAGAUCCGCACAGCCAACAAUAAAUGAUGAUCCUGUUCUUGACUGCCAUUUUGGUAACAGCUUGCAAUGGCUACACCUGGAUGAGUUCGUCGCCAGUCAACGGAAGUGGAAUAUACGCAUGCGUGGGCGACACCGUUACCUUAGGCUGGUCCAUCAGUUUAGCGACUGGUGAGACUGUGAAUGACAUGGAAUGGUUUUUCGAAGGAUCAGGGCAAUCCUCACAAAUGAUCGCCACGUUCGUCGGCAGUCAGUUCGUCCGAAUUGCGCCCAACAGACCGUCUCUGAAGUUGUUCAAUAUCUAUGGACUCCAGUUCGACCUGCAGGCGCAGCAGGAGUACGGCACCUACUCCCUUCAUGUUAACAUCAUCAGAAACAACAGUCUUGCGAGAGACAGCAAAUAUAUCUACGUAGGAUCCCCCGAGCCUCCCAGCAUCCAGAACCAGCAGCUGCGAGCUCGUUUGCUGCCGGAGGCGAAGUUGGUGUCGCAGGACUGGCACGUGCAGCUGGGAUGCGGUAACUUCCAGACCAGAGGCGAGCCGCCCUUCACCGUGGUGUGGAAGUCGCCGUCAGGUAUUAUCAUCAGCAGUUCCGAGUUCGUCGACAACGAAUAUAUUCUGUCUAUAAGCAAUCCCGUAGAAGAAGGGACCUACUCAUGCCACCUGAUGAACUCUGACCCGACAGCCAGGUGUGUACAGACCAAUGCGUCGCUGCAGUUCAGUGCUGAAGUCGAUGUGGAAGCAAAGGAUGUGCUGCUCGCCAUCUACAACGCCAGCUGCGGCCACGAAAUGGAGGACGUGGCCUCGUCCAUAGCAGAGCACAUCAGCCGGGCCUCCAGUCCCACAGUCCGCCUUGUCAACAGCACGAAGCCCUGGAGGGGACGAGUAGAAGUUUUUUACAAUAACCAAUGGGGGACUGUGUGUGAUGAUAACUUUACUGUGAGUGAUGCCAUCGUCGUGUGCAGAAUGCUGGGAUUGCAGGUAAAUGCUCCUGCGGUCCGCAAGUCGGCCUUCUACGGGCCAGGCACGUUGCCUAUUCUCCUGGACGACGUAGUGUGCAGAGGCAACGAGACAAAUAUUUUCUCCUGCGGCCAUGCCAACAUCGGUGUUCACAACUGUGUUCACAGCAAAGACGUGGGCGUCGACUGUCUCUCUAAGCACUAGUCUCUGUCCCCUGUCCCCACUGUCUCCCCUCUGUCCCAUGUCUCCACUCUGUCCACUGUCUCCACUCUGUCCCCUGUCUCCACUGUCCACUGUCUCCAGUCUGUCCACUGUCUCCACUCUGUCCCCUGUCUCCACUCAAUCCAUUGAUUCCACUGUCUCCGCUGUCUCAAAGUUUUGCAGUAUUUGUUUUGUUGUUCUAUACAACACUGUCUAAAACAUUACCAGCCCCGACUAAUCCUCUAACUAACCCUGCAUCUAUUUCAGAAGUUUAUUGUUGUUUACACUUACACUUAUCGCGUUGCUGAGUAGUGAUUGUCAUUUCCAAAAGCCGUGUUUUUGUCUAUGUUUGGGCUCCUAUAUAUGAUGAGAUCGGUGCUUGUUUGAAUUCUCUCAUAACCACGUGACAAGCUGAUGUAAACACUUACAAGCACUUACAAGCAAUACAGUAAAGCUAUAGACAAAUAAAGCUUCAGUAUGAUGUAAA